AUCAUUUUUAUCGACGUUUCGCUCUCGCUGCUGUUUUGAGUGUGGAUUCCUGCAUCAAUACAUACAACACCUUACCACCAUAAUACCAUCAUGGAUUACUACUGUGUCCUAGAAAUCUCACGCACAGCGACGACCGACGACGUCAAGCGAGCGUAUCGCAAACAAGCACUCUUGUGGCAUCCAGACAAGCAUCCCGAGGAGACGCGCGGCGAGGCGGAAGCGAGGUUUAAGCUUGUUGCAGAGGCAUACGAAGUCCUAUCCGAUCCUGUGAAACGCGCCGAGUUUGACAAUUAUGGCGCAUCUGGCGCUACCAGUAACACGGCCCAAAGCAACCCCAGGGCACAAGACCAAUACCAAUACCAGCAGCAGCAAUACCGCACGACACAUCACUUUGUCGAUCCGUUCGAGCUGUUUGCUCAGUUUGCGCAGUUCGAUCCCAUGUUUGCUCAGGUCCUCAACCAUCACAUGAGCAUGACCCAGAGCGCUGCCUUUGGAGGUGGGUUUGGGAUGCCAUUCGGCGCGAUUCCGCCUCGCUCGUUCCAGCAACAACACGCUCAGCUCCAGCAGCAACAACUCCAACAGCUCCAACAGCAACGCCUAUUGCAGCAGCAGCAGCAGCAGCAGCAGCAGCAGCAGCAACAACAACAACAACAACAACAACAACCGUAUCAACAACAGAUGCAGCCGUUUGCGAUGCAACAGCAGCAACAAAUGCAAACCGGCUUUGGCUUGCCGAUGGGCAUGCAGUCCACGUUUGGCAUGCCCAUGAUGAUGGGCUUUGGGGGCAUGGGCAUGGGCCCCAUGAAUAUGGGCAUGGGCGGUGGGAUGGUUUCCACCAGUGUCUCAACGCGGAUUAUGAACGGCCAGCAAGUGACGGAGCGUCGGGAAACAGUGAAUGGGCAAACCACCGUGACAAUCGAGCAAAAUGGCGUAGUGAUUUCCAGGACUGUGAAUGGGGUUGCUCAGCCCAAAUGACGGAGCGACACUGGUUUCUCUCGUG